CGAGUCCCACGAGCCUCAACAACACUUGCUCGGAGAUACCGCACUCCAAGACUUCAACCCGAAGGAAAAUACCUUUCCUUCGUACAACCAAGGGAAACAAGCUUCCCUUAACGUGUAUACAACACUAAGACACUCAAGAACAAGGCUCUCUUUUAGAGUAGAUGUUGAGUCAAAUCUCUUCGUCGUUCGAAGCUACCCACUAUUUACCUAAAGCCAGACCGUGUUUCACGUUUUCUUCCUCUUUAAGCUUUGUCUUGUAUCCUCUGCUCGAAAUCCCAGCUUUGAAUGUCCGUGUUAGGAGAAUCCCGACGAGUGUUGAAUCGCGGGCCGGCAUGUGAAUGAACUCUGGAAAAGUCGUUCGCCAGAAAUGUACAGAGCUAAUCUGGUCGGAUUUGUGUUGGCCGUGGCGUCCAGCGCCUUCAUUGGAUCUAGUUUCAUAAUCAAGAAGAAAGGACUCCAGAGAGCCGGCGCCUCUGGCUCCAGAGCCGGUUCUGGAGGGUAUGGCUAUCUACGUGAGCCACUUUGGUGGAUUGGAAUGAUCACCAUGAUUGUUGGAGAAUUUGCCAACUUUAUAGCUUAUAUUUAUGCACCAGCUGUGCUUGUGACUCCACUGGGUGCCUUGAGUAUAAUUGUAAGUGCUGUUCUAGCUCAUUUCUUACUAGGGGAAAAAUUGCAGAAAUUGGGAGUUAUAGGAUGCAUUUUAUGUGUGGUUGGUUCUACAAUAAUUGUUCUUCAUGCACCUGGAGAACAUGGUAUUAGUUCCGUGGAUGAGAUAUGGGAUUUAGCUACACGACCAGCUUUUCUUUUUUAUACUGUGGCCUCAAUAUCAAUAGCAUUGAUAUUGGCAUUAUAUUGCGAGCCUCGCUAUGGACAAACAAAUGUUAUGGUGUAUAUUGGCAUCUGUUCAUUAAUAGGAUCAUUGACGGUAAUGAGCAUUAAAGCAGUGGGCAUUGCAAUCAAGCUUACUCUGGAAGGCUCAAACCAAGCUGCACACUUGCAGUCAUGGAUUUUUGUAAUUGUUUCAAUUUUGUGUAUAGUCUCUCAGCUGAACUACUUGAAUAAGGCUUUGGACACAUUUAAUACAGCUGUUGUUUCUCCAAUCUAUUACGCAAUGUUCACAUCACUUACAAUUGUAGCCAGUGCCAUAAUGUUUAAGGAUUGGUCCGGUCAGAGUGCUAGCAACAUUGUUUCUGUGCUCUGUGGGUUCUUAACUGUGCUUUCUGGUACUUUGGUUCUUCACUGCACUAGAGAUCCCGAUUCUUCUGAUCUGUACACACCAGUUUCUCCUCAGAUAUCAUGGUUGGUCCAUGCCAAUGGCGAGAUAUGGAAGCAGAAGGACGACGAUCUGCAUCCUGAAUUUGUUGCAAUAAUACGUCAGGAUCAUUUCAAGUUUGCAGGGUAGUUUCCAUCCCAUUACAUUCCCGAUCGAAGCAAAUGAGAUAGCUUCAUUUUCGCUGUUAUAAAAAUUCCAGUUUCUCUAAAGGGUGCCCAUUUUAGGUUUGGUAGGUCGGCAUGCUUGUUAAUAAAUAUUUUUUCUGAUUCUUAUUCCUGCAAACGUUUCGGCAGCAGGGUUUGUGAAUAUGUUGUAAAAUGGUCUGGUUUUCAGGAAUUAGGCUAUUGAGUAUAAUAAGACUUCUAUAUAAUCUUAAUCACUGGAGUGAAGAUUGGCUUGACCCUUUUUUCAGCAUUUCUGUAAUAUUGUUGGGUUGUUGUACUUGUGCAGGAUAAAAACGACUUUUGGUUCAGAGAGUUGGUCUCUGUACAAUUUAGUGCCAUAAAUUAAGAGCCUGUUU